CAAAAUACAACAUUGUUGGCGAAUUUUUUUACUCAAGUUAAUUUGAGAGGAACUAAAAGUAAACAUUUUAUUCUUUCCUCUCGACUCGAUAUUGCGAAGUGAAUGUGCUUAUUUAUUCCAAGCGAGAUUAGUUAACAUAAAUAUCAUGUCUACCGUUCCACUUAUUGUAAAAAUUUUAGCGUCAUCAGUUUCUGUAGCCAACAGAGCUGGUAAAAUAGUGCGCGAUGUUAUGAGCAAAGGAGAACUCGGUAUAGUUGAAAAGGGAAAAGAUGAUUAUCAAACGGAGGCUGAUAGGUCAGCUCAAAAAUGUAUUAUUGCGUCACUAUCUUCUCAAUAUCCGAAGCUGAAAAUAAUCGGUGAAGAGGAAGAAAGCCCAGAAAAUGAGGGUGAUAUUCCAAGUGACUGGAUAGUAGUAGAGGAGGAUAAGGAUGUCCUUGGUGUGAAAUGUCCAGUGAACCUACAGGCUGUCAAAGAGGAAGACAUUGUAGUGUGGGUGGAUCCACUUGAUGGAACCUCAGAGUAUACUCAAGGUGCCCUUAUGUUGAAGAGAGAUCCUUGGGAAAGAUGGAAAAUGUAUCUUACUCAUCCACUUAUUAGUAUGAAGUGGUAUUUAAGUUUACUACAAUCAAAAUAUGGAUUUUUGGAACAUGUCACUGUUUUGAUAGGAAUAUCAGUGAAUGAGAAACCAGUGGCUGGUGUCAUACAUCAACCAUACUACAAAACUUUAGUCGGAGGCGAGAAAAAAAUGGGCAGAACAAUAUGGGGACUACAGGGCGCCGGAGUCGGCGGCUACACUCCCGCGCCUCCGCCAGACUCGCUGAUUAUCACUACUACUAGGAGUCAUUCUAACCCUGUUGUAGAACAGGCGCUACAAGUAAUGAAUGCUUCUCAUGUUCUGAGAGUUGGAGGUGCUGGUUAUAAGGUGUUGCAGUUAUUAGAAGGAAGAGCUUCCGUAUACGUGUUUGCGAGCCCUGGUUGUAAGAAAUGGGACACCUGUGCGCCCGAGGCUAUUUUAUCGGCGGCUGGAGGCAAACUGACAGACAUAAUCGGAAAUUUUUACAAAUAUGGAGCUUCGGUGUCGCACCCUAACAAGACCGGGGUGCUGGCUGCUGUCAAUGACGAAUUACACAGCUAUGCUUUGAGCCGAAUACCUCAAGAGUUAAAAGACACACUUGCUAACAAGUAAAUGUAAAUAUCAGUAGGUAUAUUGUAAAUAUUGACACUGUGUACAUUAUAUAUGUUUAAAUAAAACAAUUUUUAAAUAAUAAUAAAACAUCUUUUUAUAAAUAAAAUAAUAUAACUAAAG